AUGGCUGUUGACAACGUUUUAGGCACCGUCCAAAACCGAGCAGACACGUCGCUUGAAAAACUUACCAAGCCUUUCAAAUGCCCCGGUUCGGCAACAAGGACUCGAGCGUCGGACAAACCUCUGAGGAAGCGAAGGAAGGUCGACUAUACAGAAGCGGGCGGCAAUGGUCAAGAUGGUGAGGAACAGGCAUGGAUAAGUGAAGAGCGCACACCGCUUUCCAAUCGUGACGUCAAUAAGUUUCCUAUCUAUAAGGUUAAGGACAAGGAAAUUGCGUUUAAGCAACGCUUUUCAAUACCACUGAUUGAUAAGAAUUCAACGAGCUAUGACCCUGGACGCCCGGCACCGCUCUUGGGAAUGAGAAGGGGUGCCACCUUCGUUGUGAAACCUCUCCAUGAUCCGAGUGGAGAGUUUGCUAUUGUCCUUUACGACCCUACUGUGGACGAGAAGCCGGAAUUCAAGCCCGAAACUGAACAAAAGCAAAACGAGGAAGCAGCUAAACCUAAGUUGAAUGAGCCUCUUGUCCACAAGAGCCUAGCUGAGAUUUUGGGUAUAAAAAAGAAUGUCGAGGAACGACCAAAAGUUCCGGUAGUUAUCGACCCCAGGCUUGCUAAAGUCCUUCGGCCACAUCAAGUCGAAGGCGUUAAGUUUCUAUACCGCUGUACGACCGGAUUAAUCGAUCCAAACGCAAAUGGUUGCAUCAUGGCUGAUGAAAUGGGUCUCGGGAAAACGUUACAAUGCAUAACGUUGCUGUGGACUCUCCUUAAGCAGUCGCCCGAAGCUGGUAAGCCAACUGUUCAAAAAGUUGUAAUCGCCUGUCCAGCAACCCUUGUGGGAAAUUGGGCCAAUGAAUUAGUGAAAUGGCUCGGAAAGGAUGCUGUCAAUCCAUUUGUAAUUGACGGCAAAGCUUCGAAAGCGGAACUCACAUCACAACUUCGACAAUGGGCUAUUGCCUCCGGACGACAAGUGGUCCGACCUGUUCUGAUAGUGUCCUAUGAGACUUUGAGACUUAAUGUAGGGGAGCUGAAGGAGACCCCAAUUGGCCUUCUUCUAUGUGAUGAGGGCCACCGCUUGAAAAACGGAGAGAGCCAAACAUUUACCGCAUUGAACGGUCUAAAUGUGGCGCGCCGCGUCCUCCUUUCCGGAACACCAAUCCAGAACGACCUCUCCGAGUACUAUUCUCUCCUGAAUUUCACCAACCCUGGCGUGCUUGGGAGCAGGAGUGAAUUCCAUAAGCGAUUUGAAAUGCCUAUUCUCCGGGGUAGGGACGCCGACGGAACAGAAGAGGAGAGAAAAAAAGGUGACGAAUGCUUGGCGGAACUUCUUGGGAUCGUGAAUAAAUUCAUCAUUCGGAGAUCAAACGACAUCCUCUCCAAAUAUUUGCCGGUCAAGUAUGAGCAUGUUGUCUUUUGCAACUUGGCACCGUUUCAGAUGGACCUAUAUAAUCAUUUCAUUCAGAGCCCUGAUAUCAAAAGUUUACUGCGGGGUAAGGGAAGCCAGCCGCUGAAAGCUAUUGGCAUUUUGAAAAAACUCUGCAACCAUCCGGAUCUCUUGAACUUGUCCGCGGACCUUCCCGGAAGCGAACAGCUUUUCCCUGAUGAUUAUGUCCCGCCAGAAGGUCGAGGUCGCGACCGUGAUGUCAAAUCAUGGUAUUCAGGUAAAAUGAUGGUGUUGGAUCGUAUGUUGGCACGCAUCCGCCAAGAUACAAAUGACAAAAUCGUUUUGAUUAGCAACUACACACAGACUUUGGACCUUUUUGAGAAACUGUGUCGGUCACGCGGGUAUGGAAGUUUGCGGCUUGAUGGUACGAUGACCGUCAAAAAGCGGCAGAAAUUAGUUGACAGGUUCAACGAUCCUGAUGGCGAGGAAUUUGUGUUUUUGCUUAGUAGUAAAGCUGGAGGUUGUGGCAUCAACUUGGUCGGAGCUAACCGUCUUGUCUUGUUCGAUCCGGAUUGGAACCCUGCGGCAGAUCAGCAGGCUCUUGCUCGAGUUUGGCGUGAUGGUCAGAAGAAAGAUUGUUUUGUAUACCGGUUUAUCGCCACAGGAAGCAUCGAGGAGAAGAUUUUCCAGAGGCAGUCCCACAAGCAAUUGCUAUCGUCGUGUGUUGUGGAUUCCGCCGAAGAUGUCGAGCGCCAUUUCAGCUUGGACUCUUUGCGAGAGCUGUUUCAGUUUAAGCCUGGAACCACCAGCGAUACCCAUGAUACAUUUAAGUGUAAACGAUGUCGUCCCGAUGGAACGCAGUUCAUCAAAGCUCCAGCCAUGCUUUACGGCGACACGAGCAGCUGGAAUCACCUUGUCAACAAUGGGGACAAAGGUCCAAUGAGUAAGAUUCAGGAUCUACUAUUGAGACAAGAGACAUCCGAGAAAGAUGUCAGCGCUGUAUUCCAAUAUAUCAGCCAUUGAUUUCUGCCUUUUUCAGGCAUUGUCCAAGUUAGA